AUGCUCACCUCCCGCACCCUCCACCGCCUCACGAUCCGUCCACCACCACCAGCAACCUCACUCCUCCACCACAGACCCUUCAAGAUGUCAGCCCAACAAUCCAAAACCUUCGAAGGCGGCUCCUCCGCCACCCACAACCCCCACCCGGACUUCAAAUCCGUCGAGUCCACCCGUCCCCCCUUCGACGCCUCCCUGAACGUCCGCUACACCCAGACCAUCGCCCCGGACUGGCAAUACGGCUCCGGCGCCAACACCUUACAGUCCCCCUCGGCGUCCUCCGCGGCACACCUCUCCAUCGACCCCCACGAGCCCGGCCGCCCCGCCGGCUUCAACUACAAACUCCUCAUCUCGGGGAUCGUCCCGCGCCCCAUCGCCUUCCUCUCCACCCGCUCCGCCGACGGGUCCGUCACCAACCUCGCCCCCUUCAGCUACUUCAACAUGGUCAACCACGACCCGCCCCUCUUCGUCGUCGGCUUCGCCGCCUCCCUCGACAAGCCCAAGGACUCGCUGCGGUGUCUGCUGGAGAGCAAGGAGUGCGUGAUCAACAUCAUCUCGGAAGGCUUCCUGGAGGCCGCGAAUGCGACGAGCGUGAACGCGCCUUACGGCAAGAGCGAGUGGGAGGUCAGCGGGCUCACGCCGGUCUACGACUGUAAGCACGUCAAGGCGGCUAGAGUAAAAGAGGCGGUGUUUAGUAUCGAGGGCACGCUGGACACGUUCAAGGAGUACGAGUCGCGGGCGACGCCGGGGAAGAAGAGCGGCGUGGUGGCGACGAUUGAGGGGAGGAAUUUCUGGGUGAGGGAGGAUGCUGUGAAUGAGCAGAGGAAUAUCAUCGAUCCCGCGGUGCUUCGCCCGAUUAGCAGGCUCGGCGGCAUCACGUACGGCCGCGUGACCGAGGUGCUCGAGAUCCCGAGGGCGGACUGGGAGAAGAACAUUGGCGGCGAGGAGGGGUACGAGAAGAUCAAGAACGGGAAGCAGUAG